UUCUAGAUCUCUCGUCGCGUCCCUCGUCGCCGUCGAAUCGGGCGGUAGAGAUUAAAAUUAAAAGACCACGGCCGGCUAGAGGAAUAUAAAGAUCAUCAGAACCUCAAAUUUCCACCUUCUACUGUACAAACACUCACCGCAAGCAAACGAUGUCGUUUUGGUCUCUCAACCUUCCAUCUCCUCCUUCCUUGCCUGCUAAGCUCAAGCCUUUCAAUGGCUACGGAAAGCUCGAUCGUUAUCUCGCGCGAGCCUCUUCCGAUGUUCCCGAUUUCCUCUCUGCGGAUUGGUUGGAGAGUCGUAGGAAACGUCCUUUUGGCCCAAGACUUGAUUUUAGUGCCGAAGAAGCUGUUCGACAUCAGCUUGAUGCAUUGAAGUAUAAUGACCAUCCUCGUUAUGAUUAUGGCGUCGAGGUCAUGUAUCGGUUUGCCGGAUUCGACCCGUUUGAGAGAUCCACCUAUUUCGGUCCUUUCUUUGAUCUAGGACAGUUUGAAAGGUUUAGGCGCAUUUUUCAUCACUCGUCUUACCGUGUGUUGCUUGGUCACAAAGACAGAAAAAUCUUGAGCAGUUUGUUCGUUGAGGAGUAUCGGUUCAAGCAGAGGAUUUGGAUUCAAGGAACUAGACCUGAGGAGGAAGAGAUAUUUGAGUUCACAAUGUUCCAGCGGAUAGGCGGUUCAUGGGAUGGUUAUUGGUUGACAGAGAGCUUGCUUCACGACGGAGAUGUCUUUUCAGGAGGGAUGGCUUACUGAUUCCAAUGCCGAGCAUUCAUCUCUUUUUCGGGUUAUUGAUUUAUACACGGUCUUGUAAGUUUAUGUUAAUAUUAGACGCGAUUAGAAUUAGAUGUUUCUGUGUAUUAAGUUCUAUAUAUAUGGAAUCCAGCUUUGUUUUAUACUUACAUAUACUCCUUUGUAUACUUAGAGAUUCAUAUCUUGAUUGUUUGUUUAGUGU